AAUAUCUCAAAUAUUCGGUAUCCCUUUCUUCUCAUCUCCCUUCUCUUUCCCGUUGUUGGAUCUCCGGCAUCACUUGUCUCAUCUUCGGCGUCGCUUCCGGACGCCGCCCGCCGGCACCGAAGAGGACGAAGCAGCAAUCGGCCGCCGCCGGUUGUUCCUCCAUCUCUCUCUCUCUCUCUCUCUCUCUCUCCGGGUUCUAGAUAGCCGGAACCCGCGCAACGACGACGGGUUCCAGCGAUCUGGAACCCAUCUGCGCGAUGGCUCCAAAUUAUGAGCAGAAUAUGCAAAUUAAGCGAUGGGUGAAGUAAUUCUAGGCAUGCCAGGACCAUGGGCUGAUUGUAAGCAUGAAGCAUCUGAUCACUAUACAACAAAAAUAGGUGGACUUCCGGACUGGCCAAUUCCAAAUACUGCCUUAAGAUGUGAUCUGCUUUUGUGCAGUGCAUGUGGAAGCAAGCUCUGUCUCGUUAUGCAGGCUUAUGCUCCAGUUUCGAGUAAGACUCUGACGAUUGAAGAGCGUGUACUCUAUAUUUUUGGUUGUGUAAUGCCAAAAUGUGGGGGCUCUCCUGGAAGCUGGAGGGCUAUUCGUGUGCAAAAAUCUUUUAGUGGUGGGAAAUCAAGUGUAAACUAUCAUGAAGAGAUCGCUCCAACCACAUCUUCCCUUUCAGCUUCAGCCAGUGACUGGCGGGAGGAUUUGUGGGCAUUUGACUCCAUAGAAGAUGAAGACGCGGGCAAUGAUGACAUAGAUCUGGAGGAGUUGCGUAGGGCACUUUCUGAUGCUGCAAGCUUGGCUUCUUACCCCAAGAAACAAAAUAAAGUUCAUCAGUCUGAGACUAUUGUGGAGGCUGCUCCCGUAAGAAAAACAACACAGGAGGUUGACAACCAAACACCAGUUUUGCCUUGCUUCUACAUGUAUACACAAGAAGAGGCAUUAUGUAGGGAAGUUACAUUCUUGUCUUCAAGUUACACCUCACUUUCCAUUAAGGAAGCCAAAAAUGAUCUUGAUUAUAAUCCACAAGAGGAAAAGUGGGACAAGGAGGCUUAUGAAUAUGACAAAGCUUUGAGUGCUGAUAGGACUUAUCUCAAGUUCAAGAAACGAAUGGACGCAUACCCAGAACAAUGUUUCAGAUACUCCUUUGGUGGAAAGCCACUACUGGCUACUGGAGCAGCAGUUGAUCCAGGGAUAUGCAGCCUUUGUGGGGGAUCACGACAUUAUGAAAUGCAGCUGAUGCCUCCAUUAUUAUAUUUCCUACAGGAAGAGGCUCUUGAUUCUGAGGAUUAUUCUUUGGAGAACUGGGACUGGAUGACAGUAAUUGUAUAUACUUGUUCUAUGAGCUGUUCUCAACCUAGUCAACAGAACUCGAAUGCGGAUGGCUGGAUUAUAGCAGAGGAGGCUGUUACAAUACAAUAUGAGGAGUUGCUACCUGAAUUGAUCCAACAUAUGUGGAAGUCUGGAUUAUAGCAGAGGAGGCUGUUAUGAUACAAUAUGAAUAGUUGCUACUUGAAUCAUCCCAACUUGGUUCUUUCAUAGAUUUUGCAUGUUUCCAGGGAGAAGCAGACAAAGACGAGCACAAACUAUAUGCAAAACGUUACCGAGCCCAGCAGCAGUUUUUGGUAGUGGUUUGUUUCUCAAUAGAAAAUGAGCUCUAGGGGUUUCCUUUACAUUAUUUAUUUGGUUCAAUAUGUUAGCAGUAAGGCUUUCUCAUGGUACCGAAUUUCAUUUUUAGAUAUGUUGGAUAGCUUAAAUUAGAGAAUUGAGUUGUCUUUUGGCGGAAGAAAGUUUUGAAGGUCCUGAUCUCUAUCUAAUUUUCUGUUUCCCCUUAGUUUAUGUCAGAAAAAUUAUGUAUGUAAUACAUUACCAUAGAUAAGAAGAUGUAUACACACGUAUAGAUUAAUCCCCAAAUUGAAAAGAUGGACUAGCCAUUUGGCAAUGAAUGUGGGGGAAAGUACUCUUAUUGAGUUCACGAGACUAAAAUUUGAGACUUCAAA